UUACUUCGGGUAUUUUCCUGGCACUAGCUAUUUAAACCCGCCGGUGUUUCACUCCCAUUCAUUCGUACAGUAAACCCUCACUCGCGACUAUCAUGUUGAAAAAAAACUCAAAAGGGACCAAAUCUUAACACAAUGAAGAUUGCCACUAGUUUCAACUCCAAAGUGCCCGAGGGCAAGCCCUUGUGCCAGUAUUUGGCCGCCUUCACCGGAACCUUGACCAUCGUCACCAGCGGCAUGCACUACGGCUGGCCCUCCCCCUCGCUCCCAAUCCUGGAACGCCUGGAGAACUCCACCUUGACCAUGAACCACUCUGAAGGCUCCUGGAUGGCCGUCAUGCCCCUCCUCGGCGCCCUCAUCGGCUCGCUCCUCGCCGCCACCGUCGUCGACAUCCUCGGCCGCAAACGCGCCAUCCUCCUCACCUGCUUCCCCUUCUUCGCCGCCUGGAUAAUGAUCGCCUUCUCCCAAUCCCUCACUGUCUUAUACAUCGCACGUUUCAUCGCCGGCAUCGCCGACGGCUGGGCCUUCACUGCCGUCCCCAUGUACAUCGGCGAGAUCGCCGACCCCAAAAUCCGCGGCCUACUAGGAUCAGGCGUCUCCAGCUCCUGGAUCUUCGGAAUUCUCCUAAUCAACGCAAUCGGUUCAUACUUGAGCAUCACCAUAACGGCACUUGUCUCGUCAAUUGUGCCAGUGCUGACGCUCUUAACGUUUGUCUGGAUGCCGGAAAGUCCGUACUAUUUGGUGAUGCGGGGCCACAAGGAGGAGGCCAAGUGUAACUUGCAGCGUCUUCGAGGCUUGGAGGACGUGGACAGUGAGUUGACGCGGGUUAGUUUGGCUGUGAAGGCACAAACGCAAAACAGCGGGAAAUUCCUCGAUUUAUUCGUGACGAAAAGUAACAGGAAAGCUGUUUACAUUAUAAUGGCACUACGUGGGGCACAACAACUGAGCGGCACCACGGCCAUCACCUUCUACACCCAACUCAUCUUCGAAGAAGCUGGAGAUGACAUUUCCUCCGAACUCGCCACAGUUAUCUAUUUCUCCGUCCAGUUCCUUCUCACUAUUCUGUGUUCAAGUAUUGUGGACAAGGCCGGCCGAAGGCCGCUCCUGGUCCUUUCGUUAACCGGCUCGGCUUGUGCCUUGUUCCUCGAAGGCACUUAUUUCUUCAUUAAAACACAAACUGCCAUAGAUGUGUCGUCCUUCACCUGUAUUCCCGUCAUUUCCCUGAUCGGGUUUGUGAUUUUCUUCAGUUCUGGAAUGCAGUCCAUCCCGAUUUUGAUGCUAGGGGAGUUGUUCCCAGCCAAUGUCAAAGCGUUCGCCCUGUGUUUGGCCGAUAUUUAUUUUUGUUUGAUGGCCACGGUCGUGUCAAAGUUCUUCCAGAUAGUGAAAGAUUCCUUCGGGAUCUAUGUCCCGUUUUACGUUUUCACGGGCAGUUGUUUGCUGGGGUUGGUUUUUAUCGUGUUGUUUGUGCCGGAGACUAAGGGCAAAAGUCUGGAGGAGAUACAGCAAUAUUUGGGGGGGAAAACGGGGAAGGAGGGCGAGGAGAAAAGCGAAAGUGAAGUCGUGUGAUAAGACUGAUUGUUGCGUUCGUUAUUGUUUUAUAUUUUGUACUGUGAGCUAGGCUAAGUGAUAUUUUUUCUAUGAAAAAAUAUUUUAUUAAAUUAAGUUUGAUAUAGCGA